AGGGAAACGGAAUUGCUGACAUACCGAAUUCAAAACCAGACUCUUUGUUCUUUCUCAAACCUAUGGAUUUUCUGUCUUUUUGUUUUUGAUCGAAACUCCCAUUUCGAAUCCUUUAUCAUUGGGAUUGAGAAUCUAAUUAUUUUUGUGUUUAGAAUGAUCUUUUAGCCAUGCGUUGGCUUCGGAGUAUUUCUUUUUCAUCCUUUUCUUCUACUUCCUCGUCUUCUUCUUCAGCCACCUCUCCCAAGAAACCUUGUAAAGAUAAUGAUAAUAAUUCUAACAAGCAUCGUUUCAGUUUUGGGUUUCGCUUAUCUAGACUGACGAGGGCGAAGGAGCUGCGGCGUGUCAGGGAUCAGGGCGUUGCUCCGACGAAGGAAGUGCAGGUGCCAGUGCAGCCCAGCUGUUACCAUACUCCAUCUUUUUCGCCGAGUUCGUCAGCGAGGAUAUCGACGCCGGCAGUGGCGGUUCCGUUGCCGCUCCCGCUUCCGGCUCCCGAAGGAGAUUGCGAGCAACGGUUGUCGCCGAAAGAUGCUGGGUCUGGCAAGGGUUUAGAGGGCAGAGAUAAAGAAAAGGAAGCUGAGCCACGGUUGUCGGCCAAUUCAAGCAGGUUUGCUUCUCGUCGCUCAUCGAAGAGGGCUGAUUGUGCCAGAAGAUCAUCUGAGAAAAUACUAUAUCAAGAACUGAUUAGAGGGGACAGCUUCGAGGAUGACUUUCGGGCUAAUGACCCGAUUAGUAGUGCCCCUGGGAGUCCGUUAAGCCGUGCCGUUAUUAGCCCAACCGGAAAGAAUCCAAGUCACAGGUUUCUACACUUCAUGACUCCUGCAGGUGGUAACCAUGCUUGGUCUGCUCCGGAGAUGCCGACUUUAGACGUUCCGGGGCAUUUUCCCCUGGGAUAUUAUGAUUAUGGUGCAUAUAGCAUUGAUUAUACCCCAUUUCAUACUCCACCAAAUAGAAGUCCUCGUCAAAGGCAGAGAAGUGGACCUCCUUCACCGAUAAAACAACGGAUUUCACUCGACAGCUCACCAUCUCGGAGCAGCAAUGUCCAUCCAUUACCUCGUCCUCCAGGAGCAGCAAUGACUUCUACAUCAGCUUCCAUUCCCCCCCAAGUUACAUCUAAUCCAGACCCGUUGCGGAUGAAUUGUCAAUGGAAAAAAGGCAAGCUUAUUGGGCGUGGUACAUUCGGAAGUGUUUAUGUUGCCAGUAACAGACAAACUGGAGCUUUAUGUGCGAUGAAGGAAGUUGAGAUAUUUCCCGAUGACCCGAAAUCUGCAGAGUGUAUAAAACAACUAGAGCAGGAGAUUAAGGUUCUUAGCCAGCUCAGGCAUCCGAAUAUAGUUCAGUACUAUGGUAGUGAAAUAGUUGAAGAUAAGUUCUAUAUAUAUUUGGAGUAUGUUCAUCCCGGUUCAAUUAAUAAAUAUGUUCGUGAUCACUACGGUGCCAUAACCGAAUCUGUUGUUCGCAAUUUUACCCGUCAUAUUCUUUCAGGGUUGGCUUACCUGCAUGGAACAAAGACGAUUCACAGAGAUAUUAAAGGAGCUAAUUUGCUUGUUGAUGCAUUUGGAGUUGUGAAGCUUGCUGACUUUGGGAUGUCCAAACAUCUUAGUGGACAAAGAGCUAAUCUAUCUUUGAAGGGAAGCCCAUAUUGGAUGGCUCCGGAGCUCUUGCAAGCCGUAAUGCAGAAUAAUAAUUGUUCUUCUGAACUUGCUCUAGCUGUUGAUAUUUGGAGCUUGGGUUGCACGAUUAUUGAAAUGUACACCGGUAAAGCACCAUGGAGUGAAUAUGAAGGGGCUGCAGCUAUGUUUAAAGUGAUGAGGGAUACUCCUCCGACACCCAAAACAUUAUCACCUGAGGGGAAGGAUUUCCUGCGCUGCUGCUUCCAAAGAAAUCCGGCAGAGAGACCGUCUGCGAGCAUGUUACUAGAGCACCAAUUUAUAAAAGGCUCAAACGGUUUAACAAGAGACCGAUCUGAACUUAACCUGAAUCAAUUUCCAGUUCAGCAGGGCCCGCAAAGGAAUAAAACUGACUUCUAACAGCUUCAUGCAUUAAUAAAUUUCUCCGGGGAAACUGUUUGAUGAGAACCGUCACCAUUUUACUCUCCUUGUUGUACCUUUGAGGCUCUACCUAGUUCGUCGCUUCUUCAUCAUCCCAGUCCUACUGUUAUCCGUGACAUAACGAUGAACCUGGAGUCUAACAAGAACCGUAUUCUCGGGUCAAGUCGAAGAGAGGAAGUAGCAGUGGUUUCUGCUGGUAAGACAGCUUCAAGGCUUGCCGUGGAGAGCUAAAGCACGCCCCAACUCCCCUGCUCUCUGUCUUGCUGAUCUGGAGGCAUAGGUAGAACAUUAUAUAUGUUAUGCAAAGAAGCAGAAAAGGCAGAGUUUAGUAUUCAUAUAUUUUUGUUCAAAGUGUUUGUCAUGUAAAU